AUGGAAUUGCACGGGUUCUCAGACGCUUCGCAAAACGCUAUGGCUGCCGCUGUUUAUUUGAGAGUCACUGACGCUGAUGGGAACAUAAAGGUCUCACUUUUGUGUUCAAAAACGCAAAUAGCACCGCUGAAGACCAUGACAAUUCCACGCUUGGAAUUAUCUGCUGCAUGGUUGCUAACAGAACUGAUACUUCAUGUUAAAGAAGUUCAGUCGCUUGAAAAUGUCAGGAUCAAUCUCUGGACUGACUCUGCCGUGUCUCUCGCAUGGAUUAAAAGUCCAGCAAUCCGCUGGAAGACAUUCGUCCGCAAUAGAGUGGGAAAAAUCCAAGAAACGCUUCGAGAUGUCCCUGGAAAUUUAUUCCAGGAAAACAAAACCCCGCUGACUGCGCUUCAAGAGCUGUUUCCACUGCUACGGAAGCUUAGCAUCUGGCAUUGUGCCAUCGACCGCUUUAAAAGAGUUCCACAAUCUUCGCUGGCCUACCCGCUUACUCCAUCAGACCUGGAGCGCGCUAAAUUGACCUUGAUUAAGUUCACUCAAGGACAAUACUUCGCUAGAGAGAUUCACACGCUACAAGAUGGUGAUGGUCUGCCUAAAAAUAACAGCAUCACUAAGCUGACUCCGUUCAUCGACCAUCAGGGGGUCCUGAGAGUCGGUGGCCGCUUGAAAAACGCAUUGCUGGACCCAGAAGAGGGGCAUCCAGCGAUUCUACCGCGGCAAUCACCGCUUACAUCAAUUUUGAUUGAUGACUCGCACCGCAAAACGCUUCACGGAGGUACUCAGCUUACGCUCGCUGACUUACGCAAGAGUGUCUGGAUCAUUGGAGGCCGUGUUCUAGUCAGAUCAUUUAUUUUACGCUGCGUUAUCUGCACGAGACACCGUGGAGAACGCGCUCAACAGUUGAUGGGUCAACUACCCGCCGCACGAGUACAGCCAACUCGAGCCUUCUUGCAUACAGGACUCGACUACGCUGGACCUAUCACGCUGAAAACUUCAGCUGUACACUUAGAGCUAGUAACUGACUACACCGCUGCCACUUUCAUCGCCGCUUAUCGCCGCUUCACUAGUCGCCGAGGUAUCUGCCACACGCUAUAUUCAGACUGUGGAACCAAUUUUGUAGGAGCAGAUAAAGAGCUGAAACGACUAUUCGCUACAGGAUCCCGCACAUUACGAGAAUUAUCAACCUUGAUCGCUCAAGAUGGCACGAACUGGAAAUUCAAUCCGCCUGGAGCUCCACAUUUUGGAGGAAAAUGGGAAGCCGCUGUGAAAUCUAUCAAAUUUCACCUUCGAAGAACAAUCGGAGACUCGCUGUUGACGCUUGACCAAUAUUCAACGCUACUGGCUCAAAUUGAAGCCAUAUUGAAUUCCAGACCGCUCACACCGCUGAAUGAAGAUCCUGCUGACCUUGCUGUACUGACUCCAGGUCACUUCUUAAUUGGACAGUCACUGACCGCUAUCCCAGAGCCAUCGCUGACAGAUUUACAACCUGCUCGGCUCUCGCACUGGGAACAAGUCCAGCAAAUGGUUCAACAUUUCUGGAAACGCUACUACCAGGACUGCAUCCACCGCUACCAGGCCAUUUCAAAGUGGCAUCAUCGACGCAACCAGAUCAAGGUGGGUUCAGUAGUACUGAUCACCACUGAGGAUCUCCCGCCAACCAAGUGGCCAUUAGCCAAAGUAAUUGCUGUCCAUCCAGGUGAAGAUGGACAAAUCCGCGUAGUAACUGUUAAGACAGUUAACACAGAGCUGGUACGUCCAAUUACAAAGCUCUGUGUCCUGCCGCUAACGCAUGAAGAAGAUGAUCUUGUCGACGCAGCCGCCAACCCGGGGGAGAAUGUUCGGUGA